AUGACAAUUGGUAAUGUCCAUAACCCAGGUGAAGUUAAGGUCUCUGGUGUCGGAGAAACAACCUCAGAACCUGACUGCUACAACGUAGAGAUCUUAGUGUGCUCCAAAAAACCUACAUGCACUUUAGCUGAAGAGAGCGCAAGAAAAAGAGCUGAAUACACUCGACAAGUAAUUUAUAACCGACAUCUCAAAAAGUUCAAUGUUGUCGAGCACUUCGAUACGGUCACAGAAGAUAAUGGUGUGAACGCUGUGUAUAAGUUUGAGAUAACGACAUGUGACAUGUCACAUUCCAGAAAUGCAUUUCUGGAAUGA